AUGUCUUCCGUCUUCUACAUCGACUGCCAGGCUCCAGUUGCUGACAAGUUCUUCCAGCUCCAGGAGUUCGUUGAGUACCUCCAGUCCCACAUGAAGGUCGACAACCUCCGCAAGAACCUUGCUAACAAGGUCACAAUCGAAGCUGAUGCUGGCGCUAACAAGAUUGUUGUCAACGCUUCCGUCAAGUACUCCAAGCGUGCCUGCCGUUACUACGCUCGUAAGUUCCUCGCCAAGAAGGACAUCCGUAGCCGCUUCCACGUUAUCGCCUCCGGCAAGGAUACAUACGAACUCCGCCCAUACCGUGUUUCCAACGAGUAA